AUGAACCACCAUAUUUGGUUAAACGAAAACAAAAAGGCCCCCGGACCCCUCAAAACAUUCAAGGAAGAGUACGAGAAAGCACUCACCGAACACAGGGAAAGAACCAAAAGCGUAGUCGAAGAGGAAACCGGAGGGGAAGCAUCAAGAGAAAACACAGAAGAAAUUUUUGAGGAUGCUAGGGAGGAAUUACACCAGGAAGCAGUCAUUACAGGUAAUACCUUUGCAGAACGCGUGCAAGAAAUGCAAAGAAAAGGAAAACUAACCAUACAGGAAGCCAGAGAACUUGCGAGAAUACCUGUCGCUAGGGGAACUCCAAGGGAAAGGAUUAAAUUCCUAAAAAUAGAAAGUAAAAGACUGGAAAAAGAACUAAAAACCGACACAGAUCCAGAAAGACGACAGGUCAUACAAGAAGGUAAGGAUCUUGCCGACCGUAGUAUCGACAACGCCAAAUUAGAAAUGGGUCAGCAACCCGAAACGGAGGAGGGAAAACACAGGUAUAGGGAAAUAGUAAGAGAAAAUAUUAGGACAAAAUUCGAAAGAUUCCGCAAAUGGGCAAAGGAAAACCUAGGUGCAAUAGCCGCCAUUGCUAUCUCUAUCGCUGAAAUUAUCACUACAGUUGUGGUGGCGGGAAAGAAAACCAUCGUAGGAGCCUCCAAAGGAUUAGGAGCCGUAGGAAAAGCAUUGGCCGGACUUGCAAAAUCCGCACUACCAAUCCUAGUACCUAUCCUAAAUUUACUAAGUACUAUCCUAAGCUGGGGAGCUAAAGGUCUCGCCUUCCUUGCCCAGAACCUAUGGUUCGUAGCAAUCCUAAUUGCCCGAGCUAUAUACAAGUACCUACAAAUGAAACGAAAGAAAUAA